CGGUAAUACAGUAUGCGUCACGUCACCUUUCCAUCAUUUUGGGGCGAAUUUCAGCGUGGUCGGUUCAAUCUAUUUCCAUCUGCUUUUCGAAGUCUCCUUUUCUUCAAAAAAAGAAGCGUAAAUAGUUGAUUAGUAAAGAUGGUUCAACGAAAAAUUAAAGGAAAGAAGGGAAAAAAGAAGAUUGCCGCAGCACCUUUAGCUGCUAAAAAGGCAGAACAGAAGAAAGUCGUCAAUCCUCUGUUUGAGAAAAAUCCACGCAACUUUGGGAUUGGUCAGCAUAUUCAACCAAAACGUGAUUUAAGUCGUUUUGUACGUUGGCCGAAAUACAUUCGUCUCCAGAGACAAAAGGCUGUGUUAUAUCAACGAUUGAAAGUUCCUCCACCUAUAAAUCAAUUUACUCAAACCCUUGACAGACCUACAGCUACACAACUUUUUAAAUUGCUUGAUAAGUAUCGUCCAGAAACAAAACAAGCUAAGAAAGCAAGGUUGAUGGCAAGAGCAGAGGAAAGAGCAAAGGGUAAAGAUGAUAAACCUACCAAGAGACCUGCUGUUGUACGUCAAGGAUGCAACACAGUCACUUCUCUCAUUGAACAGAAAAAAGCUCAAUUAGUUAUUAUAGCUAAUGAUGUAGAUCCAAUUGAGCUUGUGCUAUACAUGCCUUCGCUCUGCCGUAAAAUGGGUAUUCCAUAUUGUAUUAUAAAGAAUAAAUCUAGACUAGGACGUGUUGUGAGAAGAAAAACUUGUUCCUGUUUGGCACUUACUCAUAUCAAUUCUGAGGACAAAGGAUCACUGAACAAACUGGUAGAAGCAAUCAGGACAAAUUUCAAUGAUAGAUAUGAUGAGAUUCGUCGACAUUGGGGCGGUGGAAUCUUGGGAUCCAAAUCUGCUGCUCGAAUUGCCAAGUUGGAGAAGGCUAGAGCUAAAGAGCUUGCUCAGAAAGUAGGCUAAAUGCUGUAAUAAAAAGAAAAUAAAUAUUGUCAAAUGAAAAC